ACCGGACCCUAAGAAGAAAAUACUUGGCGUUGGUGGGCUAAGAUAAGUGCAAGACAACAGACACGAAAAUAUAAAAGGGUAAAAGCGAAAAGAUUCUUCCACAUCAACACGAGGCGGAGAAGAGCUCGUCGAAGCUCACCUCACCUCUUUACAUGGCAACCGCAGCUCGACCUUUCACUCUUUCUCGCGUCACCGCCCUGUCACCUGACCGUCUCCACUCUCGCCACUCGUUUUGCCGCCACCAUCACCACCUACUCCGCUGCUUCCCCGUCCACCGCCGCUUCUCCGCCUCCUUUUCCGCCACGGUCAGCUGCAUCAGCGGCGGCGGUGUCUUCAACGACGACUUUGUUUCUACUCGGAUGUCGAAUUUUGACCGCGGCUUUCUCGUGAUUGCGAAUUUGCUCAAGAGAAUUGAGCCUCUAGAUACUUCCGUUAUCUCCAAGGGAGUUUCUCAUGCUGCCAAGGACUCCAUGAAGCAGACCAUCUCUACUAUGCUUGGCCUUCUCCCUUCCGAUCAGUUCUCUAUCAACGUUAGGGUUUCUAAGCAACCUCUCGAUUGGCUUCUUGUGUCUUCCAUCAUCACAGGGUAUACGUUAUGGAAUGCCGAGUAUAGGAUUUCGCUGAUGAGGAAUUUUGAUAUAUCGGUGGAUGGUUUAAAGAGGUUGAGUGUUUCAAGAGAAAGUGAGGUUUCUGACAAGAAAUGUGAAAAGACAGCGAGUAAGAGUGGUCAGAUCGGCGUUGAAAAGUUGGAGGAAAUAAGUCCACAAGUUUUUGGGGGUUUGUCUCAAGAGGCUUUGAAUUAUGUACAGCGGCUGCAAUCCGAGUUAUCUGAUGUAAAGGAGGAAUUGGAUACUUUCAAGCAGAAAAAUAGGAAGAUGGAAUAUGACAGGGGAAAUAGGAACGAUUUAUUAGAGUAUUUGCGAUCCUUGGAUCCUGAUAUGGUGAAUGAAUUAUCCCAACCGUCAUCAGUAGAGGUGGAAGAAAUUAUUCACCAACUUGUUCAAAACAUUUUGCAAAGAUUUUUUAAAGAUGAUGCCACAUCAAAAUUUAUGGUAGAUUCUGUCGUUGCAAACAUGGAAAAUGAACAAGAUGCCGUUGAUGAAAAUUGUCACACAGUAGGCACAUCCCGAGACUAUCUUGCAAAGUUGCUUUUCUGGUGUAUGCUACUGGGUCAUCAUUUGAGAGGGUUGGAGAAUAGACUACAUCUAACCUGUGUUGUUGGAUUGUUGUAAAGUGAAGGGUUAUCGUCAUGUUUUGCAAUAAAUAAUCUAAUGUAAAUAAGCUGCUCAAGACCUGACUUGGUCCAAUUCCAAAUACAAGAUUUAUGUUUGCCCUUGAAAUUUAUAUAUCCAAGGCUUGGACGAUUCAUCGUCGCCCACCGCACUACUCAACCGAAGCUUCAAGUAAAUUACAUUGCAAUGUGUUGUGAUGAUAUUGGGUUGGUGCUGAUGUUUGACCCCAACCACUUUCCAAGUCUCUGGCUAUCCAAAAGUCCAUUGUGAAACUUUCCAAUAAUUUGCAUAACAGACUUUUGAUGCUUCUGUUCACAAUUGGGAUGGAGACUGAAGAAAUGUUCCACGGCUUCUGGGAACUGUUGAGUCAGGAGAUCAUUUGGUUUCCUUUGUGUUUACAAGAGCUUCAUAGAUAUU